AUGGCUACUUCCGAAGCGCCGAUAGUAAUGCAGACAAUUAGAGAGAUGGUCUCCUCUACUUCUGCCUCUGCGAGGUCGACGGAUCGUGCUCCCUCCCAGGGUGGGAUACUGGAGGGGUCCAACCCGACUCACUACGACUCCCAGAACCCCAUCAUCCUGUUCAUUAUCCAGGCAGGAAUCAUUAUUAUUUUCUGCCGACUCCUUCACUAUCCUCUGUCGAAACUUCGACAACCCAGAGUCAUCGCAGAAGUGAUCGGCGGGAUCCUUCUGGGUCCCUCCGUCAUGAUGCGGAUUCCGGGCUUCAAGGACACCAUCUUCCCUACAGCCUCAAUGCCGACCCUGAACUUAGUCGCCAAUCUCGGCCUGGUGUUGUUCCUUUUCCUGGUCGGACUGGAAGUUAACAUACGGAUGUUCAUGUCUAAUUGGAAGGUUGCGCUGAGUGUGGGGCUUGCGGGGAUGAUAUUGCCGUUCGGCUUGGGUUGUGCGAUUGCCUACGGUCUCUACAAUCAGUUCAGAAAUGAUGCGGGGACUGUACCGAUAUCCUUUGGGGUCUAUAUGCUGUUUAUUGGGACUGCUCUCUCAAUCACAGCCUUUCCAGUACUGUGUCGCAUCCUUACCGAAUUGAAGCUCCUCAGUACACCUGUCGGAGUCACCGUUCUUGCUGCAGGAGUUGGAAACGAUGUUACUGGCUGGAUUUUACUUGCGCUGUGCGUGGCGUUGGUGAACAAUGGAUCCGGUAUCACAGCACUGUACGUCUUGUUGACUUGCGUUGGAUGGGUAUUAUUUUUGGUCUUUGCAAUUCGACCUGCGUUCUUAUACAUGCUUCGACGCUCCGGAAGUAUCGAGAAUGGCCCCACCCAGACAAUGGCGGCCGUCACGAUACUGCUUGCACUCACAUCUGCAUGGUUCACUGGAAUCAUUGGAAUACAUCCUAUUUUUGGGGCCUUCCUUGUUGGUCUCAUUUGUCCUCAUGAUGGUGGUUUCGCAGUCAAAGUUACGGAAAAGAUCGAAGAUCUCGUUUCAAUCCUAUUUCUCCCGCUUUAUUUUGCAUUAUCCGGGCUAUCUACAAAUCUCGGGCUGCUCAACGAUGGCAUUACUUGGGCAUAUGUGAUUGGAGUUAUCGCGGUUGCAUUUGCGGGUAAGAUUAUCGGAGGUGCACUCGCUGCCAGAGCUUGCAGUCUUGUUUGGCGAGAAAGUUUCAGUAUUGGAGUUUUGAUGAGUUGCAAAGGUCUCGUGGAACUUAUUGUCUUGAAUAUUGGUUUGCAAGCCAAAAUCUUAUCUACGAGGACCUUCACCAUCUUCGUUGUGAUGGCGCUUGUCACAACUGUCACAACUACUCCAUUGACGCUGUCCCUUUACCCGGAAUGGUAUCAGAAGAAGCUUGAGGCAUGGAAGAGAGGAGAGAUUGAUUGGGAUGGGAACCGUCUCGAUAAUUCAGAAGAUGGCGAAUCUCCAGAAAUUGCCAUGGAGAAGCUCAAUAGUUCCAAGAUUAGCCGGCUUCUGGUCCACCUUAGACUUGACAGCUUAUCGAGUGUCUUUACAUUUAUAUCCCUCCUUGGCGGAGACAAUACAACCCAGGCCGCUAAGGUCCACAGAAAUAAGACUGAGCUUAAAACGGACGCACAGGAGUCUUCGACAAUUUGUUCGACUGUUCCUAUGAACAAGCGUCCCCUCGAAGUUCAUGGUCUCCGUUUGUUGGAACUUACAGAGCGUACCUCAUCUGUCAUGAAGGUGUCUGAAGUGGACGAGUACAGCUAUCGAGACCCGGUCGUUAAUGCGUUCAGAACUUUCGCCCAGCUCAACAACAUCCCCGUCUCUGGUAGCGUGUCUGUUGUCCCUGAAGCCUCUUACGCAGAGACCUUGACCAGCGAGGCAUCUGACCACUUCUCCGACCUCGUGCUCAUUCCGUGGAGUGAAACAGGGAGCCUUUCUGAAGGUGACUCAACCCAAGACAAGUUCUCCGGUGGAUUACAAGAGAGUUUUAUCAGAAAAACGUUUGAGACUGCCAAGUGUAACACCGCUGUUAUUGUCAAUCGUGGUUUCGGUGGCCCUACUAUGCAAGCACCUCCUCGCCUCACUCGCAGGGUCAGUGGUCUCAGCUUAAGGAGCAACCGAGAACCGGCUCUCUCACCUGUUGUGGACCGGAGCCACCAUAUCUACUUCCCAUUCUUUGGUGGUGUCGACGACCGUGUCGCUCUUCGCUUGGUGCUCCAACUCGCUCAAAGAAGCAACAUUACAGCAACAAUCAUCCACUUUAUUACAGCAGCUCCAAGCCUGAAGUCGCCAGAAACCGCAGCGGCGCAAGAUACUGCACUUCUGCACACACUCCGCGACUCAUUACCUCAGGAAUUGACAAAUCGUGUAGUGUUCGUCGACGUAGCAACCACAACUCCUUUGGCUGAUUGCGUAGACCAUGCGAGACAAGAGAUAGGGCAAUCGCCGGGAAAUGCAGGAGAUUUGAUUGUGAUAGGGAGGGGCAAUCAUUCGAUAAUCCCAAUAUCCGAGGCUGAUAAUGUGGCGGGCUCGAUGGAGUUGAGAAAAACCUUAGGUUUGGUGGCAGAGUCUAUCAUCUCAUGUGGUGUUAAGGGCAGUGUUUUGGUCAUUCAAGCGGGCGGCAAGGGACUUUACGCGUAG